AAAGAAAGUGUUUAUAACCUGAGGUUUUAUUCCAGCUUUGCUGAGAGUAUCUUGACCUGCACUUCCAUGGAGAGCCUUGGACAGAAGAUACAGCAGGCUGCACACACUGGCAUCACCAAACAGUUGUCUACUAUUGCAGAAAGGACAGAAAUAAACAACUCACAUUUUGACUAUGAGACUGGAAUGUCAGCAAGCACAAUGGAAGCAGUUGCUGCCAUUGAUGAUGCUAUAGAUGAAGCCCUAGAUGAUGAGCCAACACCCCCUAAGAGGCAGUGUCCACAAGAGGAAAUAGUUAUUAGUACUUACAAAACCCCGAAGCUGAAUCAUAACUCCCCAAGCAAGAUUGAGGACAGUGGAAAUACCCUUGCUCACAGCUUAUCCAUGUAUCGCAAACAGAAACCAGUAAGUUCAGUUGUUUUCAUGAAUAUAUGUGCAUCAGUUAAUCCAUUUGUCAUGGGAAUAAGUACUAUCCACUAUUUUUUUUUGUGAAUUUUGUUGCACAUAGAUGGCUCUCCAUCUGAGUGCUCAGUCAUGAAGGCCUACUAAUGACUUCCCCAUUCCUUGCAUUUUUGGGAAAUUUUCUGAUGUUUUAUCCUCAUUGUUGAUGCUGACUUUCUGAAUUUUAUAAUGCUAUUUGAAAUGAUAGUAGCUGUAAGAAAAAGAAAAAGAAAAGAAAAAAAAGAAAAAAAAAACUGAAAUCAAGAAAAAGGGUAAACAGGUGAAAUAGGUAGGACUGGUAUUUGGCUCCUUAAUUACUUAAAUUCUUGUGGAGCCAUGUCAUGUGUAAAAACAA